AACUCACAACGUCUGAGUACUUGAUGAUUAUUGAACAUUUUUCGCGGGCUUUAUGUACCACGUGGUAUUUUCCCCGCGAAAGGAGGCUGCGGAAGAAGAGAGUUUCAGAGCAACAGAAACAGACACAGCAGCUGCAGCAAGAACGAAAACGAAAACAUGGCAGAUUCUUCAGAGUCCUUCCAGGCCACCAGCCCGAAUCACGUCUCCAGGAGAGGAGAUCUGACAUCCAGUCCUGGUCGAGACCUUCCACCCUUUGAGGAUGAGUCAGAGGGGCUUCUGGGAGAUGGACAUCUGGCUGAGGAGGAGGAAGAUGGGGAAGAGCUGAUUGGAGACGGAAUGGAGAGGGACUACCGACCAAUCCCGGCCCUAGACCAAUAUGAGGCUGAGGGUUUGGACCUAGAUGAAGAGGACCUGUCGGAGCUGUCGCCCACAGCUCGAGCUAUGGCCGAGGAGGAGAUGAGGAGGAGAGACAGGGAGCAGGGAGUCAGUGGAAGACUGAGAAGAGGACUGCUCUACGACAGUGAAGACGAGGACGAGCGUCCAGCAGCCCGUAGACGACGGUUGGCAGAGCGAGCAGCAGAGGGUGUGGAAGGAGAUGAUGAAGAGAUGAUUGAGAGCAUUGAGAACCUGGAGGACAUGAAGGGCCACACAGUGAGGGAGUGGGUCUCCAUGGCUGCUCCCAGACUAGAAAUCUACAACCGUUUUAAAAACUUCUUGAGGACCCAUGUGGACCAGAAUGGACACAACGUCUUUAAGGAGAAGAUUAGCGACAUGUGCAAAGAGAAUAAGGAGAGUUUAGUGGUGAACUAUGAAGAUCUGGCAGCCCGAGAACAUGUCUUGGCCUACUUCCUUCCUGAGUCUCCCACUGAGAUGCUAAAGAUCUUUGAUGAAGCAGCUAAAGAAGUAGUUUUGGCUAUGUUCCCAAAAUAUGAUCGGAUUGUCCAUGAGAUCCAUGUCCGCAUCAGCAACUUGCCCCUAGUGGAGGAGAUCCGCUCACUCAGGCAGCUGCACCUGAACCAGUUGAUCCGGACAAGCGGUGUGGUCAGCAGCUGCACUGGUGUCCUCCCUCAGCUUGGAAUGAUCAAGUACAACUGUAACAAGUGUAAUUUUGUCCUGGGACCAUACUUCCAGUCCCAGAACCAGGAAGUGAAGCCUGGCUCCUGUCCGGAAUGUCAGUCCCAGGGACCUUUUGAGAUAAACAUGGAGGAGACCGUUUAUCAGAACUACCAAAGGAUCACAAUCCAGGAAAGUCCUGGAAAAGUGGCUGCAGGUCGACUCCCACGCUCCAAAGAUGCCAUCCUUCUGGCUGAUCUGGUGGACAGCUGCAAACCCGGAGACGAGAUUGAGCUGACAGGAGUUUACCACAACAACUACGACGGGUCCUUGAACAUGGCCAAUGGCUUUCCCGUCUUUGCUACUGUCAUCCUCGCCAAUCACAUCAGCCGGAGGGAUGAGGGAGUGGCAGUGGACGAGCUGACAGAUGAGGACGUCAAAGCCAUAGUGGCUCUUUCCAAGGAUGAGCGUGUAGGAGAGAGGAUCUUUGCCAGCAUGGCUCCGUCUAUCUACGGACAUGAGGACAUCAAGAGAGCUUUGGCCCUGGCCCUGUUUGGAGGAGAACCUAAGAACCCAGGUGGAAAACACAAGGUCCGUGGAGACAUUAAUGUUCUCUUAUGUGGAGACCCAGGAACUGCCAAGUCUCAGUUUCUCAAGUACGUGGAGAAGGUGUCCAGUCGUGCUGUGUUCACCACGGGUCAAGGCGCAUCGGCCGUAGGUUUGACAGCUUAUGUUCAGAGGCAUCCCGUCAGUCGAGAGUGGACGCUGGAGGCUGGAGCUCUGGUUCUGGCUGAUCGUGGAGUUUGUCUUAUUGAUGAGUUUGAUAAGAUGAAUGACGCUGACAGGACCAGUAUCCAUGAGGCCAUGGAACAACAGAGCAUCUCCAUCUCCAAGGCUGGAAUCGUUACCUCGCUGCAGGCUCGCUGCACCGUCAUUGCAGCUUCUAAUCCAAUUGGUGGCCGCUACGACCCCUCGCUGACCUUCUCUGAGAAUGUUGAUCUGACUGAACCCAUUGUGUCCCGGUUUGAUGUCCUGUGUGUUGUGAGAGACACAGUUGACCCAGUUCAGGAUGAGAUGCUGGCUCGUUUUGUGGUGGGCUCCCACAUCAAACACCAUCCUGGUCAAAAAGAGGAGAGCCUUGCCGCCUUGGAGGAGCUACUCCUCCCCAACUCCUCAGAUGUUCCUCCGGUUCCACAGGAACUUCUCAGGAAAUACAUCAUCUAUGCCAAAGAAAGGAUGCAUCCUAAACUGAACCAGAUGGACCAGGACAAAGUGGCUCAGAUCUACAGUGACCUGAGGAAAGAGUCCAUGGCUACAGGCAGUAUUCCCAUCACCGUCCGUCACAUCGAGUCCAUGAUACGUAUGGCUGAGGCCCACGCCAAGAUCCACCUGAGGGACUACGUCCUAGAAGAGGACGUGAACAUGGCCAUCAGAGUCAUGUUGGAGAGCUUCAUCAACACACAAAAGUUCAGUGUGAUGAGGAGCAUGAGGAAGACUUUUGCUAGGUUUUUGUCCUUCCGCCGGGACAACAACGAACUGCUGCUGUUUCUCCUUAAACAGCUGGUGUCAGAGCGGCUCAACUACCAGAGGAACCGAUACGGACUCCAACAGGACACCAUUGAGGUUCCUGAAAAGGAGCUGCAAGACAAGGCGAGGCAGAUCAACAUUCAUAACCUCUCCAACUUCUACAGCAGUGACCUCUUUACCUCUAACAAGUUCACCUUUGACUCAAAGAAGAAACAUAUCCUGCAACAGUUUUAGGAACAGGGGCCUCUUUCUGUUUCUCCUCCCGAUGCUGUAAAUAUCUGCUUUUUAACGUUUACAACGUUAAACAGAAUGUUUGUCUGAAGAUUGUUUGAUUGUGUGUGUUUGAUAAUAAAGUGCUUUUUCUACUAGU